AGAUUCUUACUGUACGCUUCAAUCUUUAAAUUGGACAUGUACUAUUUAUUAUAAUAAAAAUCAACAUGAUUCCAAAACGAUAAGAAAUACUAAUUUAUUUGAAAAGCCACGUUCUCUGUAUACUAUACAUAUAUCACUUUGAGAUACAAUCUCACAGUCUGUUACCUUAGCAACAAAUAGGAAAACAAAGUAGAACUUACUAAGAAUCAGAAGAAAGCAAACAGAAGCGUAUUCUCUCUAGUUUCUAAUUAAUUUUAUGCCAGAAUGUCAUUUCGUGAUUUAAGAAAUUUUACGGAGAUCAUGCAAGUUCUCGGUUAUCCUCGACUGAUAUCUCUCGGAAAUUUCCGUUUGCCAAAUUUUCCACUUGUUGCGGAAAUUCUCGUUUGGUUGGUGAAAAGAUUUGAUCCAGACACAGACAUAUCUGGUGAACACAAUACUGAACAAGAACGUAUUUUACUGAUACGAACUAUUGCUGAAUUCAUGGCCUUGAAAGCAAACGUAAAAUUAAAUACCAAGAAAUUGUAUCAGGCUGAUGGCUAUGCUGUGAAAGAAUUGUUAAAAAUAGCCAUAUUAUUGUACGAUGCUCAGAAUAAUAGUAACAAUAGUAGCAUAACAUCCCAUGACAAUGUUAGUCUAGCCAAUUUUGAUAUAUCUGAUAAGACUGAGCAAUUGAAAUCAACUAAACAAUUAGCCAGUCAAUUAACUGUUACUGGUGCAUCAUUGUUCGAUUUGCUGGGACGCGAGGUGGAUUUCCGAGAAAUUCGUAAUUCAAAGGUUUCCAGUGAAUUUGAUACAUCAGAAAUUGAAGCAGCUUUGAGAAAUGUUAUUGAAAAUACACGUAAAGAAAUUGAUGACACCAAGAAGCAAAUUGAAAGCGUCAAGGAUACAGAACAAAACCUGGACACAAGAAUCGAAAGAAGACGCGCAGAACUAGAGAGAAAUGAAAAAAGGCUACAAACAUUGAAGAAAGUACGUCCAGCUUUUAUGGAGGAAUUUGAGAAGCUUGAAAUUGAAUUGAAAGCUUUAUACGAAAAUUAUAUAGAGAAAUUUCGAUACCUUGCGUAUCUCGAACAUUUAUACGAAGACGAAGCUAAAGCUGAACAAGAAAGAUUCGAAAGGAGGCAAGAAGCAACGCGAAAUCAGCUGAAGAAAAUGAGAGCUGAAGAUGCUAAUUUUGAAAGCAUGAUGGAAGGGAACGAUUCCAUCCUACCCUCGAAUCUUCAAGAACCUCCACCACCUCUCAGCGAUAUAGAAAAAGAAAACACCAAGAAAACAGUUCCAAGCAGUCGACUGAAAUCAGCUGGCCGAUCGUCGAGAACGCAAAUAUCACAGCGUCGAAUUUAUGGCAGUAUGUCUGGGCGACGAAGAGGAACGAUUCAAGAAUCAAAUGACAGUGGUGGUUCAUUAGACAGCGAUAGUGAUCUGUUAAUUGACGGUGAUCUGGAUGACGACGAUGAAGAAGACGACGACGACGACGACGACGACGACGACGAUAUUCUAGACUCGGUAGGAAGAUCGGACAUCGGGAACUUUGAUCUGAAGGUUGGGCAAGAAAAACGAGCCGUUAGUAAGAUAGAUCAUUCGGACGAGGAUUUUUAACCAGUU